UUUUUGCAAUAGCAAAAUGAUCUGUGCACUUUUAUGUGCUCAUUAGAAAGAAUCUCUUUGUGAUAUCAGUACAGUCAUUUACACACAAUGAGUGUAAGUAAUUCUAUCACCUCCCAUUGUCAGCCUUGGGUCCGGUCCUAUCAGAACCAUCUGUCUAGUUCAGAUGACAAUAGUUGUGAUAUUCAAAACCGCCUUGUGUCAAAGAACCGCCCCACAGUCCAGAUGAGCUGAGCUGAUGUGAGCGCGAGGCAGAGAUACUGAAUAGUUGAUGAGACAAUAUAGUUUGACAGAGGGGAAAGAAUGGAAAGACUGGAACUUAUCUCUUUCUACAUUCUGGACCGAGCCAGAGAACUGUGAUGGAAAAUUACUCUGUGACUGUGCAUGUGCGUGCGUGAGAGAGAGAGAGAGAAAGAAAGGGAGCGAGCGGGAAGGCGAAAAGAAGAAAAGUGGAUGAAAUGGUCAGCAUAAAAGAAAGUCCAGAAAUAAAGUUGUCACAGAGGCUCGGUGAGAGAUGUUAGAGGAGCUUCGCUGAUCAUUGUGCUUAGUCAGGGCCUGGAAAUGCAUCGUUUCGCACCUGAGAAUCUCAGGCGCUUCAGUUGGAACGGCUGGAAAAACCUCCUGCUGCCGCAAUUGAACAGACGCUCGCUGUUUGUCUACGGCAGUGAGGUGGCGGUUGAGAAGGAGUGUAUUAGACAGAAAGAGGGAGGCGUAAUUGUCAUCCAUCCCUUCAGUCGUAUAAGGAGUUACUACAUCAUGUGUAUGAUGGCCAUAACAUUUCUGAAUCUAAUUGGGAUCCCAAUGGAGAUUGCCUUUCUAGAUGGGAACAGUGGAGUAGGUUGGGAGGGUUUCAACGUGUUCUCGGACACUCUGUUCCUGAUUGAUGUUGGGCUUAACUUUCGCAUGGGGAUCAUUACUGAGGACAGUGAGGGAGCUAUUAUGGAUUUGAAAAGCAUUCGACAACGGUAUUUAAAGAGCUGGUUUAUACCUGAUAUGGUGGCAGCAUUCCCAGUUGGUUAUAUCCUGCUUAUUGCGGACCUACAAUACCACAGUGACUCUCCCUCAUCCAGAGCCAGCAAAAUGAUGCGCAUCUUAAUGUUUGUAAGAAUCCUCAGUCUUGUCCGCCUGCUGCGUGUGUCAAGGCUUGUUAGGUUUUUCAAUGAGGUGGAGAGAGUUUCAAAUGCCAACUUGGAGGUGGUGAGGGUAUUCCUAAGAAUCUUGUCAUUAUUUAUGAUGAUUUUCCUGCUGUGCCACUGGAAUGGCUGUAUUCAGUAUUUCGUACCAAUGCUUGAGGAAUUUCCCUCAGACUGCUGGGUUAGAAGAGAAAAUCUAAUGAAUGCCACAGUGGGAGAGAAGUACUCCUUUGGAGUUUUUCGGGCCCUCUCUCAUAUGACUGCAAUAUCAUAUGGUUCCUCUGAAACACCCACAAAUGAUGUUGAGCUGUGGAUUGUCAUGACCAGCAUCGUGUCUGGAGCCAUCAUGUACACGGUGAUGGUUGCCAACACUGCUGCAAUGAUGUCUGAUGUGGACAUAACCGCAAGAGCGUACAAGAACAAGAUAAAUCAUCUGGAAGAUUAUAUGACGUUCAUGAAGCUUCCCAAAGCCCUUCGUAUGCGCAUCAACAACUACUAUCAAGCUCGUUAUGCUGGGAAAUGGUAUGAUGAGAAGGAUGUCCUGAAGUGGGUGUCCUCAUCUCUCAGAGAGGAAAUUCUGCUGACCAUGUGCUCUGCCCAUGUGAGAAAAGUUCCCAUUUUCCGGAACCGUGACAUAAACUUCAUCAAUGCCAUUCUUCUGGAGCUGCAGUAUGAGGUCUUCCAGGCAGGUGACAUCAUCUUCCAGCAGGGCGCUCCUGGUGACCGCAUGUUCUUCAUCGAGCACGGCCAGGUCCUUGUGGAGAAUGAGUUUGUCCAGAAAGAACUGUGUGAUGGAGACUACUUUGGAGACUCGUGUCUCCUAACAAGAGGAAAGCGCUUGGCCACAGUACAAGCUCUGACUGUCUGUCAGCUCUUUUCCUUGUCAGUGGACACCUUUCAUUGUGUUCUGGAGGACUAUCCAGACAUCAAGAGAGACCUGGAGACAUCUCAACAGGAUAAAGACAUUUUGUUAUGUUGAGAAAAUGCCUACACCUGCAUCAAACCCUCCUGCAGCUUCCUCAGCAUGAUAUUUGCCAGAUUGGGCUUUGCAUUACUUGGAUCUUCCUCUGUAUUGGCAUAGAUUAUUCUAUUCCAGCUGGUGGAUGUGGGCUUAAGCAAUCCCGUGGCCCUACAUAGGACAAGCAUUUUGGAAACUAGGCUUUGUCCAGUGAAUAAGGUGUAACUCUGCAUCAUGCAACCACACUGGAAUGCAAUUCCUCUGAGAAUACUGAUAGGAUUAUAUUAGUUUGUAGGCCUUCUAUUCCAUUUCCUCCAUUCCCUCCUGGCUUCUGCUGCCAUACUACUUUCCAAGUGCCCACAGGAGGAUGCACCAUCACAGCUAAGCAUUGCCAGUCACAAUUUCACUCCGUUUCCAGGAUCUUUGCCACUUGCUCUUCUAGGUUUCUGCUUCUCCACACCUCCUUGAUCUGCCUCUUUACGUCUUCCUCCGCCUGUUCUCUGAGGUAUCAGAACAGCACAUCACAGCCCACCGGUGACCUUUAUUUUCAGUCAGAUUAGCUUUCAGCUACUAAUGUAGUAGUAUCAGGUAAUUUUUACAUUUUAAUGUCCCACAAAUGUCAUCAGAUUUUCCCCAAAAAUCAGUGUACAAAUUCGGUCAGGGCCUAGAAAUAACCCACCAUUUUACCUUUUUUUUUUUUUUUUUUUUUUUUUUAAAUGUUAUUUUUCGUGGGGGUGGGGAGGUAAGAUUUGCUGAAUGUUACAUAAAAUGAUCCAAAAAUGUGAAAAUUGUAGCUGUGGUUCCUUUUAUAAAAAUUUAUAUAUGUCAUAUUUUAAAAAGAUAUAAACAGGGAACUCUGUCAUUGCAUUUUUUCCCCUUGUUUUUUCUGAAAACUUUUUGUGAAGAACACAAUAUAUUUUUACUUCUCUUAAUACAAAAAUGCACGGUUCUUUAUUUUCAAGGGUUGUAUGUUACCAUGUUUAAAUUACGCCUGUAAAUCAACACGGAUAGCAGUUUGAUAACAGUGUUUCCCUUUAGCAUACCAUGAGUUAAUAUAUGCAUUCAGAAAUCUCUGUGGGCCUUCAAAGAAAAAGUUUCAUUAGUCACAUCUGUAUAUAAGUUACUCCUGUACACGCAGAUUUAGAGAAACAAGUAUUAAAGUUUAGAAGACUCUCUUCUGUCAAGAACAUAUAAAACAUGAAUUAAUAAAGAAAAUAAAGACUUUUUAAAACAUGA